GGGGGUGGAGGGAGGAGAGGGAGAAAAACUAAAGGAGGCUCCCGGCAGGCAGAUCAAUGUGGAGCUGGUAAGGCGCUGCGACCGGCCCGCCAGCAUCCCGCCGGCAGCCGCGGCCGCAGCCGGGAGGACGAGCGCGCCCUCCCCAGCGCGGAAGAGGCCAGAGAGAAGGAGAUCUGACUUGUGGAGGGACUUCAGUCUGGGCUGUUAUUCUUGGAGGACUGGGGAAAUGAGGGCAUAUCCUUCCUGCCCUUAUAGUCUGCAACUGAAGACACCUUUCAGGAGGCUGUGAGGGCUGCUGAAGAUGUCCGAUAGUCUGGAUAUUGAAGAGAAACCUCCAGCCCCACCAUUGAGAAUGAACAGCAACAAUCGCGAUUCUUCAGCACUAAACCACAGUUCAAAACCGCUCCCCAUGGCCCCUGAGGAGAAGAACAAGAAAGCCAGGCUUCGCUCCAUCUUCCCAGGAGGAGGGGAUAAAACCAACAAGAAGAAAGAGAAAGAACGUCCUGAGAUCUCUCUUCCUUCAGACUUUGAACACACCAUUCAUGUGGGAUUUGAUGCCGUCACUGGAGAAUUCACACCAGAUCUCUAUGGCUCACAGAUGUGCACAGGGAAGCUCCCAGAGGGCAUUCCAGAGCAGUGGGCCAGGCUACUACAGACCUCCAACAUAACAAAACUGGAACAGAAGAAGAACCCACAAGCUGUUCUAGAUGUUCUCAAAUUUUAUGAUUCCAAAGAAACAGUUAACAACCAGAAAUAUAUGAGCUUUACGUCAGGAGAUAAAAGCGCCCAUGGAUAUAUAGAAGCCCAUCCUUCGAGCACAAAAACAGCAUCAGAACCCCCCUUAGCUCCCUCUGUUUCUGAAGAAGAGGAUGAAGAUGAUGAAGAAGAGGAAGAUGACAAUGAACCUCCACCUGUUAUUGCACCACGGCCUGAACAUACAAAAUCAAUCUACACACGCUCUGUAAUUGAACCUGCCGCUGCACCAGCACCAGCUAAAGAAGCCACCACUCCCCAACCUGAAAACUCAAACACAAAUACUUUGUACAGAAACACAGACCGGCAGCGAAAAAAAUCCAAGAUGACAGAUGAGGAGAUCCUAGAGAAACUGAGGAGCAUUGUGAGCGUGGGAGAUCCUAAGAAGAAGUACACUCGAUUUGAAAAAAUUGGCCAAGGGGCAUCGGGAACUGUUUAUACAGCAAUCGACAUUGCCACAGGGCAAGAGGUGGCCAUAAAGCAAAUGAAUCUCCAACAACAGCCCAAAAAGGAACUAAUUAUUAAUGAAAUCCUGGUCAUGAGGGAAAAUAAGAACCCAAAUAUUGUUAACUAUUUAGACAGCUACCUAGUCGGUGAUGAACUCUGGGUGGUUAUGGAAUACUUGGCUGGAGGCUCUUUAACCGACGUUGUUACAGAGACGUGUAUGGAUGAAGGACAGAUAGCAGCUGUCUGUAGGGAGUGCCUGCAAGCACUGGAUUUCCUUCAUUCAAACCAAGUGAUUCACAGAGACAUCAAAAGUGACAAUAUUCUUCUCGGAAUGGAUGGAUCUGUCAAAUUGACUGAUUUUGGCUUCUGUGCUCAGAUCACCCCUGAGCAGAGUAAACGGAGCACAAUGGUUGGGACUCCUUACUGGAUGGCACCAGAAGUGGUGACAAGAAAAGCAUACGGCCCCAAAGUGGACAUCUGGUCACUUGGGAUCAUGGCAAUAGAAAUGGUGGAAGGAGAACCUCCUUACCUUAAUGAAAAUCCUCUCAGGGCGCUGUAUCUGAUAGCUACGAACGGGACACCAGAGCUGCAGAACCCGGAGCGACUGUCCGCUGUGUUUCGCGACUUUCUGAACUGCUGCCUGGAGAUGGACGUGGACAGGCGAGGGUCUGCCAAGGAACUUCUGCAGCAUCCAUUUUUAAAAUUAGCCAAGCCUCUCUCCAGCCUGACUCCUCUGAUCAUUGCAGCAAAGGAAGCGAUUAAGAACAGCAGCCGCUAGCGCUUCAAGCCGGCUUUCUCCCAUGCCAGCUCAGAGCAGGACUGAGAACAAAAACUCUAUAAAACCUCAACUCUUGUGCUGCAGGACAGAUGGAUGGAUGAACAAACCAACGGUCACAGUCAUGGUGGUAGGAGGGAGAACAACCCAGUCCCUCAAGGAGUAAAAAAUUAUCAUUUGUCUUC